AAUAAAAAAUAUAGAAUGUAGGAUAUCCAUAUGUCCGGCCAUUAAUUUGACAAACGCAUCUGUAGCGAAUAUAUUAACACUUGAAUGCAGUGUAUAUAGUCCCCGGAUAUAGUAUUGACGGUGGGCUUUGCUUUGUACGGCGAAGGAGUGAUUGAGGCGGAAUGAUAUUAAUAACAUUUCGGUGCCUCUUCUUAUUGGCUUCCAGUCUAAAUUGGUGUCCACGACGAAAACAACAGCGAUGUCAUUUAACGAUACUGGACGCGUGAUGUUUUAGACUAAGGUGUAUUUAAUAAAGCAACUCUACCUUAGCAUUGUCGCUGCUAACUAGCUUGCUUUGCUACCAUUAGCCCCAGAGCUAAGUCGUUUGAAUGUUGGCGUCUGGUACUUUUGUUGUCUGUUCACACUGUAGGGAGUUCGUAGCGUAUGUCCAGCUGCCAAAGCAGCAGUUGUGUUUGUGUGAUGCGUGUAGGUGUACGUUGUCGGAACAAGUUUCCACUUGAGAGUUGCUAAUAUCUUUCCGUUUAGAUCUGUCUACAAAAUCGAACUCUUCUAGCAAAUCGGGGGUAAAGAUACAGGUUAAACGGACGUUAACAUCAGUGACAGAGGGAUGUGAAAUGUAAUUAAACCAGCACCACCAGUAACAAAAUUAAACGCUCUGAGUUAUUAUUAUUUUUUAUUUUGUCUGAAAAAAACAAACAAACCAAAAACGCCAAAACAACCCAAAUUGCACGGAGGCAGUAACUGUGACAGUGGCAUCGGCCACAAGUACUAUGAAAGAUCCAUGAAUAGUCAGGCUGAUCCUAGUGAUGCAAAAGUGGAAAGUUUCAGUGAUGGAGAACUCAAGGAAAAGAAGUGCACGAUAUGCGGUCAGAUCCUCAGCACGGAGAGCCAGCUGCAGAAGCAUCUUCGCGAGCAUGAGGUCAAUGACAAGCCUCACCGAUGUGACCAGUGCCCGCAGACAUUCAAUGUGGAGUUCAACCUCACUCUCCACAAGUCCACACACACCACCUCGGACUUCACCUGUCCAACAUGCAAUAAAAAGUUCUCACGCAUCGCCAGUCUCAAAUCUCACAUCAUGCUGCACGAGAGGGAAGAGAACCUGAUCUGUGUAGAGUGUGGAGAUGAGUUUAUUCUCCAGAGCCAGCUCUCUCUGCACCUGGAUGAGCACCGUAAAGAGCUGUCAGGCGUCAAGGUCUACACCUGCAAGACCUGCGACAAGGAGUUCAAGACGUUUGCGCACCUCAAGGAGCACACCAAGACUCACGUCAAGAUGAGACCGCUCACCUCCAGUUCAAGAAACUACAAGAAAAACAUUGAUCGCAGCGGUUUCACCAACAGCUGCCAUCACUGUGGAAAAGCUUUCAAAAAACCGAGUCAGCUUGUGAGACACAUACGAAUACACACAGGUGAACGGCCGUACAAGUGUCUCCACUGCAACAAGGCUUUCAACCAGAAGGUGGUGCUGCAGACUCACAUGGUGAGACACACCGGAGCGAAACCUCACCUCUGCAUAUUCUGCCCAGCAUCCUUCUCUCAAAAAGGCAACCUUCACUCCCACGUUCAGAGAGUACACUCGGAGACCAAAGGAGUGUCUCUGUUCCCGUGCAUGGACUGCAGCUGUGUGUUUAAAAAGCUUGGCAGUCUGAAUGCCCAUAUCAGCAAGAUGCACAUCUCUGUGGUUGAAGUCCCCUCCGGCACUCCAGAGCCAGAGAUGGCAGGUCAGGGUUCAGGAGUUUCAGAGGCAAGUGAGGGGGUGACAGAUGUCAUCCAGCAACUUCUGGAGCUUUCUGAACAGGUCAGUGGAGAGACGGCGCAGUCUCAACCUUCAGAGCCAGCUAUUGCCAUGGAAACUGCCAUCAACCAGGACAUUUUGCAGCAAGCACUUGAAAACAGUGGGCUUAGUGUGGUCCAGCCGCAGGGUGAUACCAGUUCUAGAGACACACAAAACCCAGCCACAGAGGGUGCUGCUGCAGAAAGCAAGAAACUUCAUCUCUUAGACAAACCAGUCAGGGAGAGGAAAAGGAGCAUUUUCAAGAAACCUGUUCAAAUGCCAGGCUCUAUUAGAGAAGAGAAUGGGGUUCGUCUGCAUGGCUGCCCCUACUGCGCCAAAGAGUUCAAGAAACCCAGCGACCUUGUCCGACACAUCCGCAUCCACACCCACGAGAAGCCUUUCAAGUGCAAACAGUGCUUUAGGGCUUUUGCUGUUAAAAGCACCCUGACAGCACAUAUGAAAACGCAUUCUGGUGUCAAGGCCUUCGAGUGUCAGCGCUGUCUCAAGUGCUUCUCCACUUCUGGCAGCAUGAAGGUGCACAUGCGAUUGCAUACAGGUGACCGUCCUUUCUCCUGCCCUCACUGUGACAAGAUCUUCCGCACGUCGGGCCACAGGAAGACGCACAUCGCUUCACACUUCAAAAACCUGCAGCAGAAAAAGCACAGGUUCCCGCGGAAAACCAACAAAGCCAAAGUGUCAAAGAAUAACAUCCCUCUGUCUGACAUCCCCUUGCAGGAACCCAUUCUCAUCACUGACUUUGGGCUCAGUGCAUCCCAGAAUUCUCGCCUGACCUUCCAGCAGUACCUGGAGGUGACGGACAGUGACAGGCCAUAUAAAUGCCAAUUCUGCAGUAAGACCUAUAAGAAAUCAAGCCAUCUGAAGCAGCACGUCAGGUCUCACACGGGAGAACGGCCCUACAAGUGUGUACAGUGCGGUCGAGGUUUUGCGUCUUCUGGAGUCCUCAAAGCUCAUAUCAGGACACACUCUGGCCUGAAGGCGUACAAGUGCCUGACGUGCGACACAACGUUCACUACCAGCGGAAGCCUGCGGCGUCACAUGACUACCCACAGUGACCUACGACCUUACAUGUGUCCAUAUUGCCAGAAGACGUUCAAGUCAUCGCCCAACUGUAGAAAGCACAUGAAGACACACAGGUUUGAACUGGCUCAGCAGCUGCAGCCACAGACAUCAGAAGACCCUCUUGAAUCCAGCACUGUGGCCCAUGACAUACAGGUAGAAAUAGAGAGCAGUGACCUGCAGCAAGCAUCUGCCUCCUCAGCAGAGCAGCAGAGUAUUCUGGGACUGAGUCAGACAGAGGUAGUGAAUGGAGGAAUGGAGGCAUCAUUGGGUGAUCAACCUCUGGUGCAGGAGGAAGAGUCAUAUGUGACGACCCAGCAUUCUUUAUCUCAGACCAUCAGUCAGUUUGAGACGCCAGCACUUCCUCAAACUUCAUUUGAUCAGCAAGGGCUGACGCAAGGCUUCAACAUCACUGAGUCCAAUUAUAAUCAGUCCCAGUUCUCCACCGUCCAGCAGCUGCAGGACUCCAGCACCCUUGAAUCUCAGGCCCUGUCCUCAAGUUAUCACCCCCCAAAUCUGCUUCAUGUUCCCACAGCCGAAGUGACUAAUGGUCUCCUUCAGCAGAGCAGCCAGAAUGACCUUCAGUUGAAUGAGACUCAGGACUAUCAGGACGACUGUGAGGACAGCAGCAAGAGAGCCUACAGGUGCUCCUGGUGUAACAAAGGCUUCAAAAAGUCGAGCCAUCUGAAGCAGCAUGAACGUUCCCAUACUGGAGAGAAACCGUAUACAUGUCACCAGUGUGGAAGAGCCUUUGUAUCAUCUGGAGUGUUAAAGUCCCAUCUUAACACACACACAGGAGUAAAACCCUUCAAGUGUCGACUUUGCAAUGCAUCGUUUACCACCAACGGUAGCCUGAACCGUCACAAAAUCGUCCACCUCAACUCCUUCAAGUGUUCCAUGUGUGACGAGAGCUUCAGAACAAGCCUGCUGUAUAAAAAACAUAUGAAAAAGGAACAUGACGUGGCUAGUCACAUCAUAGGCCUGGAGGGACCGGAUGUCGAGGAAGAGGAGGAGAGUGACCAGAAGCUGGCAAAAAGAAGGGGUAUGGAGAUAAUUACCUUCACAAAGGAGCAGGCAGAAGAGCUGGCCAAAGAUCCUGGGGAGGAGGCCUCGGUGUCGGAGCGGAUUCUUGCUCAGUCAGCAGCUGAGAGAGAUCGUAUCAGCGAGAUCAAGGAUAAGGCUGUGGAGCUGGAGACAGAACCCAAGUUUUCUAAUUGUUGCCCUUACUGCCCAAAGAGCUUUAAAAAGCCCAGUGACCUGGUCAGGCACAUCAGGAUCCAUACAGGAGAGAAACCUUACAAGUGUGAAGAAUGUGGGAAGAGUUUUACAGUGAAGUCUACUCUGGACAGUCACGUGAAAACACAUGCAGGUCAAAAACUAUUCAGCUGUCACAUGUGCAACACCUCCUUCUCCACAAAAGGCAGCUUGAAGGUGCACAUGCGCCUCCAUACCGGCUCCAAGCCUUUCAAGUGUCCUUUUUGCGAACUCCGCUUCAGAACAUCAGGACAUCGUAAAACCCACAUCCAGUUCCACUUGCGGCCAAACGGAGACUCUCGCAAAUGCAAGCGCUCAACGUCGUCAGCGGUUCAUACCAGCCAGAGUCAGGAUGUGAUGACGAGUCACGUCAUUACCCCGGCGCAGGGACAGCACACGCCUGUUACGGAAGCUCUUCAGACUCUACUACCAUCGUCCAACUCUGACCCCAAUAUUUACCUUCAAUCCAACCAGGUCCUAACAGGACAGUUUGACCAAAGUCUGCUGCAGCAGGGGCUGGUGGGACAGGCCAUCCUGCCGGCAUCUAUGUCAGCUGCAGGAGACCUAACUGUUUCACUCCCUGAUGGCCUCACAACCCUGGAUGGCAUUCACCUGCAGCUGACGCCAGCCAAUCUGGUCUGCCCGAACGUCCAGAUCUCUGCUAUUGACACCAGCAACAUCAACAAUAUCACAGUGCAGAUUGACCCAACCCUUCUCCAGCAGACUUUACAACAGGGUCUCCUCUCUCAUCCCUUGAGUGUGGACGCCGGCCUUGUCUCCCACUCCAACAGUCAGCUAAUGUCCACCACAGAGGCUUCAGCUAAUGUCGUCAUUCACCCACUGACCAGUCUGGCUCUGCAGCCCCCAACAAUUACACCUGCACAGGUCACAAUGGCCGGACUCACAGAGCAGGAUGCUACAGGUUCCCAGGACCUGACCCAUGUCAUGAGUAACUCUGGGCUGGUAGCUGGAGGCAGCAGUGGGCAGGAGAUCACACUGACCAUCAACAACUCCUCCCUGACCCAAGCACUUGCUCAGGUGCAGGCUCAGGCCUCAGUUGCAGGGUCAAGUGGUGUAGCAGGGAAUCAUCAAGAGAUCACCCUCACUAUAUCAGGACAGGAUCUGCUCCCACAGCAUAGCAGCCAUAAUGCUACUGAUAUUAGCGGCAGCAUUCGGCUAGUGUCAGCACUUAACCACCAGCCCACCCCCACGACCCUAACCAUCACCAAUGACCACCUCCUACCUCACAGUCCAGCCAACACUGGAAUGGCAGUAACCAGCCUGCCAUCAAGCACCACUUUAUCACAUACUGCCGUGUCGCAGAGCCUUGUGAUGUCAUCAGGAGGUGUGGCUGUGGAUGGCAGCGUGACACUUACACUUGCUGAUGCCCAGGGAAUGUUGGAUGGUGUUACUUUGAACCUCAAUGCUCAGGGUCAGACUUUUCCUGCAGUGCUGACUGAUGCUGGUCUGCCAGGUCAACAGUCCAGCUCAGGUCAGGAAAUUAUACUGGUCAGCCACCCAUCUGCAAAUGGAGCCUCUGACAAUGGAUAUAAUAUCCCCGACGAUGGGCAAAAGAGUGAAAAAGAUGACCGGACAGAUGGUGAAAAUAAUAACCAUUGUUACUACUGUGACAAAGUGUAUGAGACCGCCAAUGGACUAAAACACCACUGCAAACAAGUUCAUGGCAAAGACCGCUGCUUUGUCUGUGUUGUCUGUAACAAGGCUUUCAAACGAGCCACACACCUAAAGGAACAUGAGCGAGUGCACAAGCCCGGGCCGUCACUCAGCUCGCAGAAACCCCGAGUCUUUAAGUGCUGCUCCUGCUCGAAGGCCUUCGCCAAGCGCAGCCAGCUGGAGAGGCACAAUCGAACACACACAGGUGAACGUCCCUUCAAAUGCCCUCAAUGCGACAAGGCCUUCAACCAGAAGAGUGCGCUGCAGGUCCACAUGGUCAAACACACUGGAAAAAAGCCUUUCGUGUGCGAGGUGUGCAACAUCAGGUUCACGCAAAAGAGCAACAUGAAGCACCACAUGAAAAGAGCCCACGGCUACAUUCAGAUCCAGGAAGUGCAUCUGCGACAAGCUCAGGCCGCGGUAACUCCUGAGCUUGACCUGGAGGUUGUUCCCGAAUCAUCUGGGGACUGGCAGAAUGUAUUUUCCUGACAGGUAUCAAGAGUUUCUAAGUCAACAGAGAUUUGCCAAAAAUCUAUCUUUUCUCCUUCUAACCUGUCGUCCAGUUAGAAACAUGUUAAAUUUUGCUUCACUACAUAUCAGGGGCUCUCAAUGUCAUAGCAGUGUCUUCAUAUUAAUCCAAAUUUACAGAGAAGGAAGAGGGGUCUGGUUCCCUCUAAAUGGCUUAAUGACUCUCAUCUGUUUUGCUACUGUCUGAUUGUCAUCAAUACUAAAACCUCCGGAGAGGUUUUGGCUCGAUAAGCACAGGAAAGAAAAAACAAAUCCCGAUAAAGACUGCAGUCAAUCCCGCCCAUGUUUGAAAGUAAAUUUGAGGAAGAAAAAAAGUCCUUUAGAAUUAACACUCUUAGCUGCAAACACAGUUUUACACAGGUUUACAUUUUUUAAAUUAUUUAUUUUGUACAUAAUUUUGAGACAUGUUUGGAUUAUGUUGUGAAGCAGCUCCAAAACUGUUUGUAAAUUUUCGAAGGCUCUUCCUUAUCGGAGGCUGCUCCAGCUUUUUUAUGGCGUGUACAUGUCAUUAUGAUUUAAACCCAGCAGUGCACCCAUGACCUUUACUGUAGUUAAUUUUGUAAAAAGUCUUGUUAGAGUGCAUAUAUAUUUUCUGAGGAUAGGUCACAACCUACAGAGGUUGUGCAGAAUCAUAUACUGAUGCAGUUGUCAUGAAGUAAAAGCAAGUGUACAGGUAAUACAUUUUUGUCUCGCUUUUUUGCAGUUGUAUUUUCUAUUGUCUACAAUAAAUUAAGAUAAUUAAAAAGUAAUUUUUGUAUUAAUUUGUUUCUCUUUUUUUGUUUUUAUUCUUGUUUUGUUAAUUACAAACUGUAUGUUAAACAUCCAGUCUCUUCAUUCAAUUUUUUGAAAGAAUAUUUGCUGUUGUUAGUUAAAACGCUAACUUUUUUUGGCACAGAAAAGACAGUUUGGUCUAAUAAAUACCAAGAGAACAGCAUGGUCGUAAUAAAGUGAAAAUAUACUGGACAGGUAUUGUGACAAUACCUUAGGUUGGUUAAUGUACUCCAAAUACUAUUAAAAGUGCUGUGCACUGUCACCACUGUUUUUAUCAGCGCCCUUAGUUUCGAUCCAGCAUGGUUCCAUUUGAAGAAGAAAAAGCUCCGAUUAAUCCUUUUUUUCAUGUUCUAAACCCUUUUUUGUUUUUUCAGUGUUAGAUCUCAAAAUCUUUGUCCCAGUCCAGUUUUCCUGCACUGUAACCAGAGUGGUCUUCUACGUUAAUAUUGUGUUUUUCUCAAAGCCAAUAAAUAUUUAAGGACCCACAGUAUGGCCAGCAGUGUUGCCUCUUCGUAACAUUGUCUGUUAGUGAAAUUUUGAGUUGUUUUCUUUAACUGUGCCUGAGACAGACCGUGUCUGCUUCCAUCGAAACUACCUGGAGUUGUGUCGGAAUGUUAUUAUUAUUACUUGGUGUUGUCCGAUUGCCAAAAAAUACCUCUAACCUAAUCUUUUUUUAAUGAGUCCAAAAAUGAUUAAACCCAUAGUUUAGAUGGGAUACUACUGCUCUAAAUCCAGUAUUUUCAGUGACAUUGUAGAAACCAGGGCAAACCUUUCGUCUGCUGAGUUGCUCUGAUGCAAUAAAACCAUUUUCUUUAUGAGGCACAUAAGCUGUCGUAGACAAAGCAAACACACAAACAAAAGAAUGGUUUUAUAAUUUUUAAUUAUUUUUACUCUCAGUUAAGUGGCUGGUCAUGUUUUAUUACACAUUGAAGAGGAUGUUUACAUUCAAUCAUUUGAAAGAAAACAACACGACACUCAUCUUGAGGUGCAAGCGAACACAGACAG